AGCGCCAGCCGCGACAUGGGCAGCAUCGCCAAGGAGCCCGGCCCGACCCUCGAGCCCGCCGCGCCGCGCCAGCCCAAGGAGACGGGGCGCGCCGAGCACCGCGCCGCCGUCAAGCGGGACUGCCAGCACCGGAUCUUUGUGAACCGAAGCCUGGCGUUGGAGAAGAUCAAAUGCUUCGGCUUCGAUAUGGACUAUACACUAGCAAUGUACAAGUCCCCAGACUAUGAAGAGCUGGCUUUCGAACUGCUGCUGGAGCGAUUGGUUUCCAUCGGAUACCCCCACGAGAUCCUGGAGUAUAAAUAUGAUCCCACUUUCCCUACCAGGGGCCUGGUAUUUGAUGCCUUGUAUGGGAAUUUGCUGAAGGUGGACUCCCAUGGGAACCUCCUAGUGUGUGCACAUGGCUUCCGCUUCCUCAAAGGGGCUGAAAUCUGGAAUUUUUACCCAAACAAGUUCAUCCAGAGGGAUGACAUGAAGCGCUUCCAUAUCCUGAACACUUUAUUUAACCUGACAGAGACCUACCUCUUUGCCUGCCUGGUGGAUUUCUUUACCAACUGCUCCCGAUAUGUGAACUGUGAUACAGGCUACAAACACGGCAACCUCUUCAUGUCUUUCCGGAGCAUGUUCCAAGAUGUCCGAGAAGCCAUGGACUACAUCCAUCUCUCAGGCUGCCUCAAGGAAAAGACGCUGGAGAACCUGGAGAAGUACCUGGUGAAAGAUCCUCGUGUUCCCCUCCUGCUGAGCCGCAUGAAGGAAGUGGGGAAGGUGUUCCUUGCCACCAACAGUGACUACAACUACACAGACGCAAUAAUGACAUACCUGUUUGACUUCAGUGAAGAUGACACGGAGGAGCCCCAGCCCCGUCCCUGGCGCUCUUACUUUGAUCUGAUUGUCGUCGACACUCGCAAGCCACUCUUCUUUGCUGAGGGGACCGUCCUGCGGCAGGUCAACACGGACACAGGGAAGCUGCGGAUUGGCACCUACACAGGACCCCUUCAACACUGCGCUGUUUACUCUGGAGGCUCUUCAGACAUGGUGUGUGAUCUCUUGGGAGUGAAAGGCAAGGACAUCCUCUACAUUGGCGAUCACAUAUUUGGAGACAUCCUCAAAUCCAAGAAGAGGCAGGGCUGGCGCACCUUCCUGGUGGUGCCCGAACUGGCCAAGGAGCUGCAAGUGUGGACGGAGAAAAGCGAACUCUUUGAGGAACUGCGGAGUAUGGACGUGUUCUUGGCUGAACUUUACCAACACUUGGACAGUGGAAGCAACGAGCGGCCGGACAUCAGUUCCAUCAAGAGGCGCAUACAGAAAGUCACUCACGAGAUGGACAUGUGCUACGGGAAGAUGGGCAGUCUGUUCCGCUGCGGCUCCCGCCAGACCCUGUUCGCCAACCAGCUGAUGCGCUACGCUGACCUCUACGCCGCCUCCUUUAUUAACUUCCUGUAUUACCCUUUCAGCUAUCUCUUCCGGGCACCACCCACUCUGAUGCCCCAUGAAUCAACUGUGGAGCACAUGCGCAUAGAGUUCAGUGAGCCAGGCUUGCCCCCAGGGUAUCGGAUGCACCCGCUUGGCCUCUGCAAGCAGCAGAAGUUCCAAAACAUAUUCCAGGACACCAACAACGAUGAGGACUAUGACGACUGAAUUCCUUCA